CACUUUUCGGAUAAAAUUGCACAAUAGUUUGCAUUAAUUAAUUCCUUCCGAUUCGGGCACGCCACGAGCAUGUGGUUUCCGUACAGGAAACUCAUAACUGCCUAAUAAUAAACUUGUGUUAAAAGAAAGAUCAAUAUUUCAUAAAUUAUGGCUUCGAAGACUGAAAAUGUUGCUGCUAAAACCGUGAAAAUUUACGAUUUGGACAACUUUGAGAAUUUGCUCAAGGGUCUAAAAGUUGCGUCUUGCAUGCUCACAGAGUCUCAUCAAGUUGUUGAUGAAGCAAGUGUGAUUAAACGUCUCAAUGCACUGAGCCUCACUGGGCCUUCUGAUGGUAACUGUUGUUCGUGCUGCGGCGUGGGCCCCUUCGAGAGUCGUCUACAACAAACGGCACACUACAAAAAUCAUUGGCACACGCAUAACCUGAAGAGGAAACUGUUUGGAAAGCCGCCACUUACAUUGGGACAGUUUAGUUCAAGACAAGAUGACAACUCCAGCGUCUCCGGCAGUGACUCAGAAACAGAGGGCGCUAGCAACGGCCCCGCUAGUGAUCUGUUUGCUGCGGCGACUCGGCACUGCAAGGCCUUCUUUACUAACACCAAGGGACAAGUUUUUUGUAUCUAUAGGUGCUUGCUGCAUCAUAGGAAGGAGGAGCUAUCAACAGACGGCGACGGCAGCGCCUGGAUCGAGCGCUGCUCGCGCCUCCUCGUCCCGGGCUUCCAGCGCUGGGCCGUCUUCAUGGUGUCCGGCGGACACUUCGCGGGCGCUAUCUUUGCCGGCGGCGUCGCUGUGUUGCAUAAAACGCAUCAUUCUUACGUGACGCGGCGUGGACAAGGUCAGGCGCAAGCAUCGCGCGAUCAGCACGGAAGCGCGCCCAAGUCGGCUGGUGCGAGUUUGAGGAGAUACAACCAGGCCGCGUUCUUAGAUCAUGUUCAAGAAAUAAUAACCGGCUGGACGGAAGACCUUAACGGGUGCUCCCACAUCCUCUACCGGGCCGUAGGACCCAUCAACCAAGGGGCCCUCUUCGGGAAGAAUUCGCCUUUAAGCAGGGAUGACCCUCGGGUCAGGGUACUGCCGUUCCCGACGAGGAAACCGACGUAUAAGGAGAUACAGAGGGUCCAUGAGACGGUGGCUAGUCUGGAAGUGUAUGACACAAUGGAACUAUUCCAGAAAGCGCUAAUAGCGUCGACAACCAAGCUGCCCGCCAAAACCGGCUCCGAUACUAGUGUAGAACGCAAAAAAACACAGAAGAGCCCCAAUAAACUUAUCGACAGGGCGAAGUCGAGAGAACGUGCCCCCCGCCCCCUCCCCACUCAAAUUAUGUCGAGCGAGGACGAAGGUCCCUGCUACAUAGACUCGGAGACCCCGACCAACUGGAUCAAGACCCUCUCGGAACAGACCUCCAAAGGUCAUAUCACAAACUCGCGCAAAGACUUAGUCCACGAUGUCGUGGUCGCCCGACCGCUCAGUUCCGACAGCGAAGACCAGGGCCCGAUGGAAAAGAAGGAGGUCAAGAAGAGAAAGAAGAAGAAAGAAGAUAGAGGAGACAAGGGGGAGAAAGGGGAGAAGAAGCCUCAGGCAACGAAGAUUCCUAAUAAUGUGAAAAGGAUGUGGAAGGUAAUAUCAGGCGACGAGAUCUCCCUAGAGACUAUUCUAGAGAGUUGGGAGGGGUCUUUGGAAGAGGCCUGCAACACGAGAGACCCUACCGACGGCAAUACGGCGCUGCACAAGGCCGCUAUAGCAGCCAAACCGGAGAUGGUCACUCAAAUCCUUACCGCGGGCGGUGACCCCUGCAUCAAGAACAAUCAGCUACAGACCCCAUAUGCGGCCUCGCCGCAUAACGACACUCGAAUAGCUUUCAGGCUAUUCCAGGCACAACAUCCAGAUAAAUACAACUACGCUAAGUCUCAAAUCCCCGGCCCGCUUACCCCCGAGCUCAUAGAACAAGAGAAAGAGAAGAAAGCACAGCAGAAGAAGGCCAAACGGCAGAGAGAGAAGGAGAAGAUGGCUGAGAAGAACAAGACCAGCAAGUUCUUGCAGAUGACUGAUGCCGAGAAGGUAAAAGCCGAUCAGCCUCGCUGUUUCCUCUGUGGGAUGCAGCUACCGAAGAAACCGUUCGAAUACGAAUCGUACAAGUUUUGCACUAUAAAGUGUUUGCAGAAUCAUAGGAACAUCAGGCCUUUGCAUAUGAGUGCUUAAGUUGAAUUUUAAUAUUUAUGAGGUCAAUACGCUAUCAGUCAUAAUGACAUUACUAUUGACACUGUCAAUUUAACUUUGUAGUGAUUGGUUUGAAAUGAAGGAAUGUCAAUAUUUAUAUGUCAUUAUUACCGAGUGUCUGGAUGCCAUUAAAUUUAACUUACCUACCUACCAUUUUUUUUCCAAUUUGUAGAUACCUACAUUUUAAUUUACAUAAUUAUGUAGGACCUCAAAAAGGAAUUGAAAGGAAUUUAAUUAUAUUCUUUUAAGAUGUAUAUAAGGGGAUACAUUGUAUUCGACUGCUUCUAAUAUUUUUACCUACCAAUAAUCUUGAUGGCAUUAUUAUGACAGUAAUUUAAAAAUAAUUCAUACAUACUCUAAUAUUUAUACUAAUUGUAAAAAAAAUUAACAGAAUAAGUACAAGAUGACCCCUGAUGAUGAUGAUGUCCUGUGGUGAUUGUAAGUAGUUAAACUCUUGUACAAGUCAUAAUGUGGGUACAAAGUAUUGUUAUGGUCGCGUAUGGUAUGUAAAUGGGCGUUUUCAGAAAUAAAUAUUGAAAACCUGAUUCUUUCACAUCUGGACGUUCUUGGGCUCAUUCUACUCAGAAUCGACAGCAUUCUCCAUCCCACCAUUAAAAAAAGAUGUCCCAAAAUGUCCAUUCCAUUACGUCACGUUUUAGUAUGAACAAUUUUUUCACUUGUAUGUGCGUGACGUAGUGGAAUGUACAAUUUUCAUGCAAAUUUUUGGGACAUUUUAUUUUAUCAUCAGAAUUGAAUAUGCUAGUGAUUCUGAGUUGAAAGAACCCAAAAACACCGGGAUCUGUGAGAAUCGGGUAUUCGAUAUUUAUUUCUGAAAACGCCCAAAUAACAUGAUCAAUUUAUUACAUGCAUUUUUUAUCACUUAUGUAAUUAAAUCUUGCUCCAUUAAUUAAUUAAUUAAUUCUUACAAUGACAUACGGAUAACAAAAACUACGUUACCCUUGUAUAUUUAGGUCCUAUGUUAUUAGUUGUCGAUACGAUUUCUGAAAACAGGUGUACUUUUAUAUUAUAAGUUAUUUAUAGGGUUUUUUUUUAAUAAUUGAGUUUCAGAAUAAAAGCCGGAAUUUACUGAAUAUUCGAUACUGCAGUAUUAAACAGAAAUUUUCGGAAUGCAAAUGCCUGAUGGAAUCUUUCAACAUAAAAUGUUUCUAAAAACAAACUG